AUGAGUAGGAGGUUUUUAGAAGAAUGAGAUUCAAUAAUUUUGGAGCAUUCGGCAAAUUUUAAAAGUCCAAGCAUUCCCAAUUCAAGAAACUCCACCUGCACCGUCACCUCAGAGGAAAAUUUCGACACAAAAUUCCCAGACUGGGAGUUAAUCAACGACAAAACUUUUUCGCGGCUUCAAUCACUUCUUGAAGAACAAGACCGAGCCUAUUUAGACAAAAAAACAAUCCAGCAAGCCAAACGAAUAUUAAUGGCGGACAAAGACAUCCCAAUAGAAGCCGCAAACUCCUUAAUCCACACAAUUGAAAAUUUAAUCUCCCAAGAAAAGAAAUACCUUAACCAAAGGAAAUCUGACCUUUCUCUUAUUUCAACCCACCCUACUACUCCAAAAUCCACAUUUUCCCCAUUUAGUGCUGGGACUCCUAUAGAGAUGUGAGACGAGCCUGAUAAAGAAAAAGAAGAGCUCUAUAUCAGGUUCAAAAAUCUUUAUGACUUUUUAGUAUUUUUGUACCACCAGCAAACCGAAAAACGAAACUCAGUAAGAUCUGCCUCAAUCCAAGCUGAUUUAAAAACUCAAAAACCUAUGGAUUUAUCUGUAAAAGAUUUAAUUGAGACUGAUAUCCCACGUUGUUCUCGGUAUUCUCAAACAGUUCCUGAACCAAAAGACAAUUCUAUCUAUAAUAAAGCUGCCAAGCUUGAACAGGACAAUAUUGCUUUAAUUUCCCAAAAUUCUGAUUUAAAAGAAAACUUGGAAAUUAUGCAGUUUGAGUUAAAAAAUACAAUAAAAUUGCUUGAAAAAUGCAAGAAAUUCAAAAUAAAAACAGAAGAGCUUAUGAAUGAUUUAGACGAGGAAUUAAAAUCAAUUAAAGAAAGCUUGGAAAAUCAAGAGGUUGGUGAGGAGGAGUAUUGGUGUGGAGUCAGCGAAAUUAUUGGAAAUGCUGUAGAUGAAUUUAAUGAAGCAAAUGAGGAGUAUGAGGAAGAAAGCAAUUAUGAAGCAGAAAUUGAGAGCAAAAAAGAUGAAAUUAUUGGUCUAUUGCAGAAUAAAGUAGAAGAACUGACUGAGGUUUCUAAAGGAUAUAAAGAAUUUUCUGAUAAAUUAGCAGAGGAGCAUCAAUAUUUGCUUGAAAAAAUGAGCAGAGAAGUAAAUAAUAGUGAAAUUCAAUGCGACUUGGAAAAGGAGAGUGAUAAGCCAAUAAUUGAUAAUAGUAAGGAGCUUCUUGAAAAGGAUAAAAAAAUAGAAAAGCUAGUCCUUGAAAACACAGAAAUUUCCCAAAAAUACACCUUCAUGCAAAGAGAACUAGAAGAAAUGAAAAAAUCAAACGAAGUCUACCAAAAACAGCUGCAGCACAAAGAAGAGGACUAUAAAAAUCUUUCUAUUUCUCUCGCAAGUAUAAGGCAAGAUUUAUCCAAUAGAAUUAAAUCAGAAGAAGAUUUGCUAGCUGAAAAUAAAUUUCUUAUAUAAUUUAAUGGUGCGGUGAGCCAACCUACCCCAUUAGCACCUGUAUCUGGGAAACCCAGAGGGAGAAUGGUGUUCGGUAGUGUGUAUCUGGCCAGAUUCUAAUGGUUUGAUGGAGCGCAAUGCUAGGCCAGACUGAAGGCAGCUUGCUCUUGUUCAAGGUUUGCCUCUGGAGAAGAUGCAAGCUUGUUUUGUUAAGGAAAGCCUUGCAAAUUCCUUUGUACCAAUCUAGAGAAAUAAAUGGUGGCGUCGACGAAAGAUGAUCUCCUAGGGGCAUUCCCUGUGGAACAGAUCGGACCCAUCCUGAUGAAACUGAAAGCAGGGCUUCUGUCACUUUUUCAAAUAGGCCUUCAUGUUUGUGGAAGCCUUACCGAAGAGGGAAGUUUCGUUUUCUCCCUGGAAGGUUUUACUGCCCUUGUCAGGUGGGUUAGACAGCUUUUUCCUCUCACAUAGUCUUCGUCAAUCGGGACUCUCGGGGCAUCUAAUAGAGAGUUGCUCUGAUCUAGGGAGUUGAUCCUUAGGUUAGGUGAGUCUCACCAGAAAACUAAAGGGCGGAAUAUUGGUUAGGCCUUACACCAUUUGCACUCUGAAGUUUCUGGAGCCAAGGUAGUCUGGCAAGCCCAAGUCAGGGUACGACACAAUGAACUAUCCAGCUGCACCCAAAUUAGUGUGCGAGCCCAUUUUAGAGGAGCAUAGUCGAUAUACAACGGCAAGCAGCGUGAAGCAAAGUGGAGAAAAAUACCCAUUCGAUGUAUCACAUGGAGUUGUUCUGUUAUCUUAACUAAGAACUAAUAAAAUAAACUUCUCUCUAGCCAAGUUAAAGCUUUACGUGAAAGCAUGCCCGAAAAAAAUGACAAAGUAAAAGUCCAUUUAUUAGAAUGUGAAAACGAAAGCAUGUCACGACAAAUAGCAGCUUUAACAAAAUCAAAUUCAGCCCUACAAGAAAGCAAUGCAAAUCUUUCUGCUAUCUUGUCUGACUCAAAAGGAAAAACAAAAAGUUUUGCUCAAACACAAGAAGAAAUCAAUAUUUUGAAAAAAAAAUUGAAAGAAAAAACUGAUGACAGCAAAAGAAUCCAAUCAAGGAUUAAACUGCUAGAAGAAGAAAGAAGUAAUAUGAAAAAGCAGCUAGAUUUGCAAAAAGAAAUAGAAGAAGAAACUAAAUCAAGCAAAGAUUUAGCAUUAAAACAAAAAUCACAAAUGAAAAGAAUGAAAGAAAAAUGCGAUUUUCUUGAAACUGAAAACAAAAAAUUGGAGGUAAAUUUUAUAUAAAAAAAACUAUAUCCUUUUUUAUAGAAAAAAAUAAGAAAAAUGGCAAUAUCCAAAAAUUGGCAGAAAAUUCAAAUUUAUCUCAAGAGCAGAUUAAUGAAUUAAAACUUCAAAUCGCAAAGCUUGAGAAAACAGUAAUUGGAAAAGACAAAGUGAUAUUAGAUUUUGAUAAAAAAAUGAGCAUUUUGCAGAUUGAUAUAAAUAAUAAAACAGAUUUAAUUGAUGAGCUCAAAGACAAAAUAAAUCAAAAAAAUGAAGGGGAAAAUGAUCUGCAAGAAGAAAUCGACAGGCUAAAAGAAGAAAUUAAUAAAUUAAAAUCCAGUCAAGCUCCACUGCACAAAAGUAAUCCAGAAUCAGAAGACCAUGCUUACUUUGAAGAAUGGCUUUCUACUAUAAGAUAA